AAAGCAUGGAGGCGGUGGCACUUUUCUCCUUCGCGGCAUCCGAAGCGGACGAGCUCGGCUUCCAGAAAGGGGACACGGUCAAGGUGACAGAAAUGGAAGAGGAUUCUUGCUGGUUCACAGCAGAGAUCGAAGGCAAAAGGGGCUACGUGCCGGAGAACUACAUUUCUCUUCUGCCUCAUCGGUGGUUCGCGGGCCGGGUGUCGAGACUGGAGGCGGAGCGGCGUCUGCACUGGCAGGACAGCGGCGUGUUCGUGGUGAGGGAGAGUGAGUCGGCUCCCGGAGAGUUCUCAGUCUCUGUUAGCUAUGGUGACCGGGUGGAGCAUUUCCGAGUGCUGGAGGGGGGCGGUCAGUACUGCAUCUGGGACGAGUCCUUUAGCUCCCUUAACCGGCUGGUGGACUUCUACAGGAUUCACAGCAUCGCCGUGGAAAAGGUGGUCUGCCUCCGAGACCCCCCCUCGGACGUGUCCCCCCGCCAGGGCUCCCACGGGGGCCGUAACCCUUACCCCAACCCGUACAAGAGCGCCUCUCUGGAGUCCCUGCCUUCCGCCCGCCUCCACGGGCCUCACCCCCUCAGAGAGUCAUCCUCCGUGCAACUGCUGGAACACAUUUUGGGGAAACCUCGCCUGGCUCAUGCCCUGUGCGAUUACGCCCCGCCGCACACAGCCCACCUGCACUUCCUGCGCGGUGACCUCAUCGACCUCCUGGAUUGCUCCGGCUCGCGGUGCUGGAGGGGGCGCUGCCGCGGGCGGGUCGGGGUCUUUCCGCCGCAGUACGUCCAGCCGCUGUACCACUGACGACAACAUAUCGUGUCAAACACUCACUGCCACUCAAACUCGGCUAAUUAAGGUUUCUGCAAUGCAAACAGAUUUGCAGGCUCCAUUGUAUGGUGAAAAUGUGAAGUCAUCUAAUGAAAUCUUCUGCUUCCCUCUCUCUCUAUGUUAGUUGUCUUUGGCCUUAAGAGCCAAUCAGAAUUCGGCAUUUGAAUUUUAUACACUUGAUGCCAGCUAGUUUGUCAAACGAACAGAUUGUUUAUGUCACUUUACCCUUUGUACGAAUCACACUAAAGAGAAGCUUUAAUCACUUUUCAUGCAAUUGCACACAACAAUGCUCCAUAUUUAAAUUUUUUAAAUGAUCUACUAUGACGACCAAGUAACAGAGAUAUACUCUAUAGUGGUAGAUUAAAUAGUAUAUUUCGGUAAAUAUCCUGUAUGUUGGAACCCGUGUUUUUCAUCCUGCAACCCUUUUGUCAAGCUUGCACUAGAAAUAUGAAUAAAGAAUUGUAUUUUACUGUUUUAUCGCUCACUCUCAUAAACGGCAGAGAAGCCAAAUAAAAUUGUAAAAAAAAUAAAAAUACA